AAUCACUGUUCACAAUGAUAACAGCAGGAAAAAGUGCGCCUUCUAAUUACAGGCUGUGGAAAUCCCUCUCCCCGCUCUCUAACGUGGAGUCGGCUGAGCACGACUCUGUCGCCCCAGCGCGGGAGGCCUGCGGCCGGCGGGUAGGAGGCGCUCCAGGGGACCUGGCAUCGUCGGUGUGCAGCAAAGGAGCGGACCCGCGACGCAAGGAGAAGCCCUGCCUCCAGAGCCCCGCUCCUUUCCUCUUCUGGUUUUCCUCGGAAAGGGCCAGGAGACACUGGAAGGUCCGGACAGCAGCGAAGGGACGGGGUCCUUUCCAGUCCUACCCAUGUACGGACACCUCUCCCCCUCAUCCCCCGAUAUAUCCUCGCUGAAUCCGGGAUGGGAGAGACCAACCGA